UCCAUUGUCACGAACAUGGCAUGUCCUUUUCUUGAAGACCCAAUUGAUGAAGGUGCAGCAUUAUUGCGCAGAGAAUUAAAUAUUCGUCGGGAGAUUGUUAUCAGACCGCGUAUCGAUGUUCUCUCAUUUCCAGACAAGUUUCUUUUUGAGCGGUACCGUUUCACAUCACAGUCCAUCAACUACAUCCACAACCUAAUCCGUCCUCACAUUUGUAACAUAACCAGUCGCAGUCAUGCUCUCACAUCCCACCAGAUAUUGUGUGUUGCGCUGCGUUUCUUUGCCAAUGGACGUUAUUUGUACAAUGUCGGAGAUGCAGAGCACUUGAGCAAGGCAACUGUAUGCAGGGCGGUCAGAAAAGUGUGCCUCGCCCUGAAACGGCUUUUAUCCAUCUUUGUGGUUUUCCCUGGACAUAAACCUGUCCAAGCCAUCAAGGAAGAGUUCCACAGGAUUGCAGGAUUUCCCAGUGUGAUUGGCUGCAUAGAUGGCACACACAUCCCAAUCACAGCUCCCUCACAUAAUGAAGCCGAUUAUGUGAAUAGGAAGUCUACUCACAGCAUAAAUGUGCAGAUCAUAUGUGAUGCUGGAUACAUCAUAUCCAAUGUGGAGGCCAAGUGGCCUGGGUCUGUUCAUGACUCACGGAUAUAUCGUGAGUGUAACCUGAGCAACAGACUGCAGGAUGGAGAGUUUGAUGGCGUUCUGCUGGGUGACAAGGGUUACCCAUGCCAACCUGGCUUGCUGACCCCUUACCCUGACCCUGAACCAGGCCCCCAACAGAACUUUAACCGGGCUCACCGCAGGACGAGAGCCCGCGUGGAGCGUACCAUAGGCCUGCUGAAAGCCCGUUUCCAGUGCCUACGUCACCUCAGGGUGACCCCUGAGAGGGCCUGUGACAUUAUUGUGGCAUGUGUUGUUCUUCAUAAUAUUGCCACUAUUAGAGGAGAACAACACCCUGCCCUACAAAUUGAAGCCCCUGAUGAUGACGACUCCAUCCAGCUGCCAGCUAUCCAGGAUGGUAGAGCAGUCAGAGACGCCAUAUGCCAAGAUCACUUCCAAGAUCAAGUCACCAUCAUCACCACCACCACAGCAGCAGUCAAAUAAAGACAUAA